AUGGAUCAGCAAGAACAGAGUUGCAAAAAACAUGACUUCUUUAUGCAAUCGACCCGCGAGGCGUUCAUGAGGACAUGUCUGUCCUGCGGAUUUGUUGAAGAGCUCCAACUUUCACAAGGAAAGCGAAAGGUCGAUCCGUGGCAAGGUUGGCUCUCAGCUAAGAUUCAGCCGCUGUCAUGGCCCCCUUGCAUUAAAUACUCUGGAACUCUCCAAGUCUAUAGCUACCGCCCAAACAUGCAGACCUCACUUCAGAGUCAACCUCAAAUGGAUAGAAACCCUUACAUCUACCGUGACCUACCCAAAACUUCCUGUAUUCGGCUAUUGGAGCCAUUGCAGGGCUACAGACUCGAUGCACUCAGCGGGCGUCUGUUCGAGGUUCGUUGGGAGCAAGAGACAUGUCCUUCAUACUCUGCCCUGUCCUAUACUUGGGCAGAUGACAAGGGCGAUAUCUCACCUUCAAAUCUCAUAUUCCUUGAUGAAGAACAGAGAGUCCUACGUAUCACUCGUAAUUGUGAUAGAGCAUUACGAGGCUUGCGCCAGAAGAAUAAGUCAAGCUUACUAUGGGUCGAUUCCAUCUGCAUCAACCAGUCAUCUGCUUCAGAAAGGUCACACCAGGUUGGGUUGAUGAAAACCAUAUACUCCAAGGCAACUACUGUUCACGCUUACGUGGGAGAGAAGGAGUGCAGAGAAGACCUUACAGGAACCGAAGCCAUCACUCUAUUAAAAGAAAUCCAAGGCAAUGGAAUCUCUAGCAUGCUGUCUGGCGAGACCAGCAACAUCGCCAUUCUUAACAACUUCUUUUCAAGGUCCUAUUUUGCUCGAUUAUGGAUUGUCCAAGAGCUUCUUCUCUCCCAAUCGAUUACGUUUCACUGUGGGGAAGUUUCACUCCCAGUUUCCAACCAGUCCAUCUCUCAGCUAUACGAGCAAGGUAUCAAGGUUCCUUCAUGGGUCCGAUUUGCUGGAAAGGCGAAAUCGAAUACGGAGCGUACCCCUAUGGACUUGAAAGAUCUUCUUAUUGCCACCAGUGUCUGCCGCGUGACAGAUCUACGUGAUAAGGUGUUUGGGUUGCUAGGUCUUGUUAGCGAUGUUCAAGCUUCAGACUUGAGUCCUGAUUACGAGUUGAUGCAUAUAGAUCCCCACCGGAACCAGGAAAGCCUUUAUGGGAUGCCGUCUUGGGUUCCUAUGUGGAAUACAGACAUGCCGCUGCAAGGUUCUGAGAAUAUCUCCAGACAUAUUCAGCAGAUUGAGUUGGACUGCAAACGACUACCUACAUACGAUUCGCGAGUCGAUAAUUUUACGAUACGCGCCAUUGAUGGCUGGUCCCAUGACAAGAUCUCAGAUUGCAACAACAGAGGAAAACUCUGUAAAACAGUGCAUUCUGGGUCAGGCUUUCUUGCAAGCAACAUCCAGACAAUACCUCAGACGAGAACAGCCAAUGGACUGGAAGAUAACAAGUAUAUCACAACUUUCUGGCAUCUGAAAGGCAACAUUAAAAUUGCAGUUCGGCGCUACCGGCGGCCAUUUUGGGAUGCAAGACCCCUGGGCUGUGCUCAUCUCAUACGAGUCGAUGGGUGCGCUUUAUUAUUCUUAGCGUGCAAGACCUCUGACAGCCUGCAGUAUCGCCUGGAUAGUUCGUGUGUUGCAGCUAUAGUUUGUCACAUAAGGGAGCCUAGCCCUGGUGGGAUCCUCAAGUUCGAUGACCUCCGGCGUUUCUCACAGUUCAUCCCUCUUACACUUGAAAUGGUUCAAUUCAUAGCAAAGUGGAGAAAUGCAGUGCUCACAAUCGCAAGCUCAGAUCCAGCAGAUAGGGAACACCCUCCAUCAAUCGAGGACCAAAGCUGCCAUCAUUCCUCUCUGAACGAACAGGAGAUAUACCGCCCAACUUGGAGAAGCUGGGGGCCUUUUCUGGCCCUGGAAACUUGGCAUAUGUCCGAAAAUGAUAUAGAGCUGCAGAGACAACUGCCAAGCCUAGCUGAGUUCUGGGACAAGGCCCAUAUAUUGCAUACUUGGGUUCGGAAGUGGACGAUGAGCGCCUUGAACUUGAGAAAAUACCGUUUCACUGUCUUGCGACACAGCAAUGGUCUCUACCCCCUGGAAAGAGCACUGAGAGACUGCCUUGGAAUGUCAAACGCCUUGGCAGGAACUUUCGAGAGUAUUAUUGGGAACAACUUCACCCUUCAAAGCUUUCGCCUGCUUGAGCAGCUAGUUGAUGCCCUGACAAACCCUUGGCAUGAAUGCGUAGGCAGCAACCUUUUGGGUUAUCAAGGAACGAUAGAGGCUAAAGAUAUACACCCUGAGUACAGUCAUAUCAAGCAAACCAUGGAAUGGAAGAAGGUACUUACGGGGCUAGUAAGAACAGAUACAGAGAUAGAGUAUGUAAGUUUUAUUUAG